GGAUGAGAUGGGCUUCUCCUUUGGAGAAUCAUACGAAUCCCAAUCAUCACAUCCAUACCCAUAUGGAUUUCCUUCGACGUCUCAGAUAUGAAACGGCCUACCCGCGCGGAGAUGGCGAGUUCUUCAAGAAUCCGCGUGAAUGGGCAGGCAUAAAGAUGGAACCAUCAGCUCCAUAUUCACCCUGGCCGAUUUUGGCUAGAAGCCUUGAUGGAUACCACCCAAAAGGCCAACUAUCUGCUCACUUCAACACCAUUCUUCAAUGACUCUACCCCGGACGGCAAUAUCUUGGACGAGAAUAUCAAGAAAUCACCAUUUUACUUACCCGCUGAAGCGUGGGAGAACUGUCUGGUGAAUAUCUCCUUUUAUUGCCCAUUCAGGGCGAAGAUAUGGUAUCACUGUCAUGGUACUGAAAAACCAUCUGACAAGAUGGACACGCGCGGAGCGUACAGUCUACUUUUGACCAACUGAUCCAACAUUCACUCUCCAACCUACCUCACUCACUUCCUCGACCAAUGGGAAGAUUCCUCCCAUCCAACCUUAUUCAGACGACAACCCAUCUGAUGAUGCCAUGAUACACCCUGCAAAAGGCUUUGUAGCCUAUGUUGCCGGCGUCACUUCUUGUGAUAUUCCAAGAGCUAUGAGAUGCGCUUUGGAGCGAAAGGAUAAGAAUAGAUGGCUCAAGGCCAUGCAGCAUGAAUUCUCUAAACUGCAGAACAAAGAGAUAUUCGAGCUAGUAUGAAUUAGUGACGUUCCAAAAGGAAAGCGAAAAUUUCCGGGC